UAGCAACGGCCUGACGCAAAGCGAUGGAGGCCAGCGGCAGCAGGGAGCGUGAGGCCAGGAAUUACUUGGAAAAACAUAGGAUUAUGGAGUUGCUGAGCUAUCUCAUCAGCAACCUGCUCUUUUUCCGGCCAGAUAAACCAAGAGAGUAUUUAUUAUCUCUAUUGGAACGACUGAGAAUUGCCAAAAUAACAGGCGUGGCUUUUCCUUUCUUCAUGGACCACUCUAACAUUGUGGCAAUGUUUGAGAUGAUGGACUCCUCGAAUAAAGGCACCAUAUCAUUUGUGCAAUAUAAAAAAGCCCUAAAUACACUGGGUCUGUGUACUGCAGAUGAAGUUUUAAAAGAUGAUGGACAUGGAAUAACUUUGGAUAAAUUCAAGCAGGAAGUAGACAAGAGGACUAAGGCAAUAUGGUCAGCAUUUUAAUAACACCGUAAGUCCAAGAUAAUAAAUGAUUCUAUAAAUUUUUCAGUUGUCCAGUUUCAUUAAUUUGGAACUUCAACAUAUAACUUAAUCCAGUUGGCUUCCUCUUUCUCCAAAAAAAAAAACACAACCCAAAAUGAAAAAAA